AUGGACCAGCAGCCUCAGCAUCACGGGGAGCUCAUUAGCAAUGCAGAGUUUGGGGCCCUGCCCCAGAGUCUGAACCCGCAGUUUAACCAGAUUCCCGAGGUGACUCACAUGCAGGUUAAGACUCUGGAAGAGCUGAGGCAGAAGCAUGGACAUUUCCACCACUUGCUCAUUGUGUCUUUUGGGAAGUCCCAGCUUUCCGCCAUCACCAAUAGCCAGACUCUCCCAUCUCUGAAUGCCGUGUUUGUGUGUCCCCUUCUCCCUGUACUGUGGGUCCACACUGUUCACUUCUUGUGGGGGGGUGAGGAUCAGGGCUUCCGGACUUUUGUGUCGCCGACGCAGCGACACAAAGGUCCAAGCGAAGAGGUAGCAGGAAUGGUGAGGAACCUGGACUCAGGCACCUUGGGUUCAAGUGGCAGCUCGGUGGCCGUGGGCAAGAUUCCUGCCCUUCAGUGUCUCCGCUUCUUCGUGAACUUAGGGGCCACGGUCGGGGGAGUACGGCCGGGGCACCGGCUCGGGAAGGCUGUGGAUGCGCAUGAGUGGUGUGACAGCGGCCUGGGCUGUCGGGGUCCGGACUCUGUGACUCUGGGAGCACCAGAGCGGGGCGGAGGCGGGCCGGGGCUGUUGUGGGCACCGCUCACCCUUGGCUGUGCCCCUGAAGAUGGGACGGCACCGCGCUCGGAGGUGAUUCAUCACCACGAGCCUUUCCCGGAUUUCCUGCUGGGCUUUGCAGCUGGCACCGAGUCCCUGCACCUGCAGGAUGAGCUGGGCCAAGCAGCCCGGCACUUGGCAGACACUGGGGAGGCGUCCACGGUGCAGAGGUUGUGUGUGGCACGCACUGGGUCGCAUGGCAGAGCGUGGGCCGCACGGUGCCGGUCCAGCCCCCACUGGGUGCCCCGAGGAGCCCCUGACCCCUACCCCGCGGGCCCCAAACACACCCCCGACACCGACCCAAGAACCAGCCCGGAGAAGUUAGAGGAAACUGAGGAGGACCGGAAGCUGCAGUUGCGGGUUGAAAAUUACCAGGACCCCCGCCCACUCCACGUGGCCACCAUCCUGGAAGGGGCAGACUUGGUCUGGCUGUUCCAGGAGGCCCCAGCCGACCUCAGCAAACCAGAGCCCGUGUGCAGCCUGCACUUGGCAGUGGAGGUCCACGCGGCUGACUUGCUGGAGAUUCUCCUGAGGGCAGGCUCAGACCCCGCUGUCUCCAUGUUCGUGGCUGUAUGCCAUGGGGCGACACCACUGUCUGGCCCCACCCCAUCCUCUCUGGCCUCCUGCACAUGUGGAGCCCCUGAGCCCGAGGACGAGGGCAGCAAGCCUGGCUCCUGCAGCAGUGGCAACAGCGACGGUGACAAUGGGGAUGAGGGUGUGAGUCAGGAGGAAAGAUGGGGUGGCCCGGCUGGGGGGUCAGGGUAA